CGUGCUUGUAAACAAGGCAACAUGGCGGCGACUGUGACAGCGGCGGCGGCGGCAGCGCUCAGCCUCCUGCAGCGUCGCCGAGCGGGUCUGGCCGCGGUGGCGACCGCCGCUUCGUCUUCCUUCUCCUCCUCGCCGUCCGCCACCUGCUCCUCGUCUUCUUGCUCUCCCUCGCGGCCUCUGAGGGGUUUCGCGGCCUUGCCGCCCUCGGCCGCAAGAGGCUACAGUUCUGAGGCGAAAGCGGGCGGCGAGGAGGAGCUGCGGGUGCGCUACUUGGACGACGAGCACAAAGGAAUUGUGGUACUUGGACUAAACAGAGCACAUGCAAAAAAUGCACUUAAUAAAAACCUUAUAAAAAUGAUGUCAAAAGUUAUGGAAGCUUUGAAAAGUGACAAAAAAGUACGGACGGUUAUAUUCCGAAGUGAAGUUCCUGGGGUGUUUUGUGCUGGUGCUGACCUUAAAGAAAGAGUCAAAAUGCACUCUAGUGAAGUAAGCUCUUUUGUCUCAAAAGCAAGGGCAACUAUUAAUGAAAUGGCUAACCUUCCAGUACCAACUAUUGCUGCAAUAGAUGGCAUUGCAUUAGGUGGCGGCCUAGAAUUAGCUUUAGCCUGUGACAUAAGAGUGGCAGCUACUUCUGCAAAAAUGGGUCUCGUUGAAACGAAGUUAGCUAUCAUUCCUGGUGCAGGAGGGACGCAAAGGCUACCACGCACAAUUGGAGUGUCUUUGGCAAAAGAACUUAUCUUUUCUGCACGUGUUGUUGAUGGUGAAGAAGCAAAAUCAAUAGGAUUGGUCAGUCACGCCGUGGAACAGAAUGACGCAGGAGAUGCUGCCUAUAGAAAGGCGUUAGCUCUGGCAAGAGAAUUUUUACCUCAGGGACCCAUAGCAAUGAGAGUUGCAAAACUGGCCAUCAAUCAAGGAAUGGAGGUGGAUCUGCUGACUGGUUUAGCAAUUGAGGAAGCUUGUUACGCUCAGACUAUUCCAACAAAAGACAGAAUUGAAGGUCUUCUUGCUUUUAAAGAAAAAAGACCCCCUCGCUACAAGGGAGAAUAGAAAAACAACAACACAUACGCCUUUAGAAAAACAAAUGAAAUACACAUACUACAGGAAAGACUUUUCAACUGGUUUUUUUUUUUUUUGCCUCAGAACCUGGAAUAUCGCAACCAGGAAAGUAAAUGUUAACCACCCAUACUUUGAUCUAUAAUGUAUUCAGAUGCAUAUUUACCCUUAACAGUUUCUCAAAACUUCUGUGUGUAUUUUUGAGGUCAUUGAGUUAUACAGCACUUUAUUCCAUAUAUUUGAAUUGCAUUCCUCAUCAGAUAAAUAUAUUGAAUGCCUAAUGCAGACAAAGCUUAAGAGAACAUCAGAUGUACAAGUCUUCUGCUGUUGGGACAAAAAAUUUGAAAUUCUGCACAUCUAAACGUGUGAAAUGGACUGCAUAAAGUUUCUAAAUGAAUCUUUAGAUCAAAAAUACUGUGCUUGUUCUCUACUUGAAUGUAUAGAGUUAGCUGAAUGGAUGAGGCAAAGCAACUGGGUAAACAGCUGUUCAUAUAUUUUGCUGGUAUAUGAAAUCCAUUUGGAAACUUUAUUGUGGUGUUGCACAGUUGUAAAAGGGUGAUUUGCUAUAUUAAUACCAUUGUGCUAAAGUUCAGCUUUAAUCCAAUUUUAAUAAUAAAAUAGACUGAACUUAGAUUUCCUCCCAGAGCUAUUUGAGUGCAACACAACAUAGGUCAUGAAAUGGGGCAUUUUCACACCUGAUGCCCAAUCCACCUUGGAGCUACUUUUUGGCUAGCAGUGCGCAUGCAUGAAUAUUGUCAGUGUAGAAUAAAGAACCUCAUAGAAUAAUGUUAAAAUAUUUGUAAGGACUGUCUUAUACAUACACAAAAAUCAUGACCACUGUUAUAGCCUGAUAGUAAACAUGUCUACUCUAGCCAACAGAAGGUUUUCAUAGGGCCAUAGCUAAGUGUCAUGUGGAAGCACAUUUCAAUUGAUGUUCUACAUGAAAUAAGCUAAGGGGGAAAUGAAAAUUGCGAAAAACAGUUCUUUUGCAGCAUUGUAGAAAUCAUUUCUACAUUUGGGGUUCUGUUCAACUAAGUCCUACUCAGAAUAGACCCAUUGCAAAUCAUUAAUCUUUAAACUUAUUCAUGUCCAUGAACUGGUGGGAAGGUUGUCCCAUUUCCUGAGAUAAUCAGGAUCUGCACUAUUUGGUAAAUAUGAGAAUUGGACAGGAAUGGCAUAUUCAUUAGAAACGUUUCCUUUAAAAAUGUAUAUCAUUAAACCCUAUUUAAUGUUUACAAAUGUAUUCCUUGUCAUCAAAACCCACAAAAACAUCGCUGUAUGCAUUCUCACAUAUGACACGGAAAAGUCCAAAUACGAAAGGGCUGCGAUAUUUGAUUUCUGCUAUUUCCAAAGUUGCUCUGCAUUAGAAAGUAACUGGUGGUGAAACAUAUAUCUACAAAUAUAUAUUAGAAACCUGCUAAAGACCGUCUUAUAAUAAUGUAACACCUAGCACCGUACAUAGGAAGGUGCCUAAGUUCAAAUAUAUUUAGAACUUAAGGUUCAACAUGGACUGUUUGUAUCUCACUUCGUAAACAAUGCUGCUGCUACUAAUAAAAAGUCUCAGCUAAUGACAUCCUUUUUAAAAGUUACUCAAUAGCAGCAGGCACAGAACUAGAAAUGCCCGCUCAACAUCUCUCAGUGUUUGGAGCAGGUCAGUUUUGUGUCCUCUCUGAAAAGCUGUAAGAACUAUAUCACUUCAGAUCUCUUCAGAAGAGUUGUUCUCUAAUCUUGGGAGCAUGAGGGGUAUUUAGAGCAGGGUCUGACUUAGAGACCAUAUUAUAUACGAACUGGGUUAACAUGGGGAGAAUUUGUAUUCAGAGAAUAUUGUCCCAGGGUAUUGAAGAUUUCACAGGGAAUAACUCGCUGCUUGAAUUGAGCCAGGAAGCUAACAGCCAGUGCAGUUGCUGUAGAAUAGGAUGAAUUAACGUUCCUGCCGCCCUGUAUCCAACAGGAGCCGUUAGUGGCAUUUUGUGCUAGAUGAACGAACAAGACAAUCCAAGCCACACAUAAGUAGACUGCUCUAGAGGUUAUGAAAGCACAGAUUGGUACGUCCAAAUCUCUCUCUACAGGAAAGGGUGUAGCCUUCGUAGACAGAUAAAGGCGAUAAAAGCUGCUCCUGAGUAACACCUGCUUCCCAAGGAGGGAAAUAGAAUCCAUGGGCACUUUAUGCUGCUAAUCUUAUUCAGAACACUAGUUAAGAGAACUUCCUCUGGAUUCAGUUUUAUCCUUUUUUUAACCAGAUCAGUUAAACCACUGCCUCCGAGCAUUGGUUUGAAACUGUUUGGCCGAUACCCAAAGUUGAAUGCUAAGUCUUUGGAGUGAGACUACUACUGCCCCCGUUGUGUAAUUCUUACGUUCUAGAAUAAGAUUUAAUUUAUUAACAUGACUUAUUUCAAGUUUUUCAAAUAAACUUAUCAUGUGGCAUUGUCUGCUGUUAAAGUAACAUGGCACGCAUGUGGUUACAUUUUAGCUGUAUGGUGGUAAAAGAGCUGAUCAAUAUGAAAUGCAUGAGCUCAUUAAAAUUAACCUUCAACUAUAUAGCUAUAUGAACAUUGAUUAUAUAUGGUACAGUGGGUUUAUCAUUUUGUUGGCUGAUAAAUCUGCUAGGAAGAUCAUUUCAUGCGUUAUAGUUUCUAAAGUAAAAAUUGGAGCAGUUCCUGACAGUUAAACAAAGCUCCAUUUUUGUUUUGUCUCUAAAAUUUUUGAAAUGCUAUUCUUAAUGUGCAAGUUGUAAUUUAAUAUGAUCCUACAUUCAGUUAUGCACACUUAAGUACAUUCACUUAAGUGGGACUGAGCCUGUCUAAUUGAUGCAGAAAUAAUGUAAAUUCUGUGUGGAAUGUCUCUGCUUAUUUCAUCAAGAUUACUGGUAGGAUGUCAAAAUAUUGAUUAGAUAAAGUGAAACUUUUGGGCAUUGUCAGAACACUUGUGUUUGUAAUUAUUACUGAUUUUAAUAUAAGGAAAUUAUUUGUCCAUUACAUUUAUUUUUCUCAGGGGAAAUUGCCUUUUUCCGGUACAUAACUACCUCCUGUCCAUUUCUUUGUAUUUGCUUGUUGCCUUUGUUAAUUCUGAUUGUUGCUGAGUAUAAAAAGAUUGUAGUACUUACUGAAACUAGUUUCAGAGGAAAAACCACACAGAAAAUUCAUAUUAUAUUAAAGGGGAUGAAAUUAUAUCAAAUCACAUCCAUAUUGAAUUAUUAGUAACAUUGCUAGCAACCUUUUUCAUAAAACUCUAUAAUUGGAGGAGGUGCUUCUCGUCAUAAGAACACGUUGCCUGCUUUCUUAUUCAGCUAUUGGAUUUCAGUGUUUCCAGGUCAUUGUAUUUAUUAAAUUUUAUUUCUGUCUUCUCAUCUUUUGCCUGUGCACACCAGACAGUAGUAACUUGUGUAUAUCUCCCUUUAUUUUGGUAUCUCAUUCACCGUGAAGAAUAGGUGUGAUUAGCCUUUUGGCAUGAAAAUCAUGUUUGUAAAUGGUACUUCAGAUCCAGUGAUCCUGUUCUAUGAAUGGAAUGCGCUUGGUACUGAUUCUCUUCUCGCACAUUUGUAGACACUGAUCUUCAGACAAUUUCAGAGGUGGAGGUUAAAUGGGGUGGGGGAGUGGGGCAAUUCCUUUGCAGAAGCAGAAGUAACUUGUGCUCCUAUAGCUGAAUCUUUGAGUUGAAGCCAGCUCCUUAAAGCAGUCCAUUUCAGGAGGCUAAUCCUGAACUUUGGUUGGCCCUCACGGCCCUUCACUUCAUCAAAUCUGGCCCUCUUUGAAAAAACUUUGGACACCACUGCCUUAAAGUGAAUAUUCCCGUAAUACAUAAUUUUAUAGUGCAUUCUAAAAUCCCCCAUUGAAAUAAAUAGUCUCAAGUAGAAUCUGAGUAUGACCAAACUGCGGGAGGCAGUGGAAGACAGGAGUACCUGGCGUGCUCUGGUCCAUGGAGUCACGAUGAGUCGGACACGACUAAACGACUAAACAACAACAGAAUCUGCACAUGGGUUGUUAACCACUAACUCUUCUUUUUUUGCUGUUUAUAAGUUUCUUCAAGUUACAAUAUGAAGUCACAGCUCUGUAACUGUUCCCCUUAAUGCACAUCUACGCAUGUUCACAGAUCAUUACAGUCAAAACUCGGGUCCCGAACACCUCCAUUAUCGUACAUUUCAGCUCCUGAACGCCGAAAACCAGAAGUAAAUCUUCCGGUUUUCGAACGUUUUUUUCAGAACCCAGAUAUCUUGACGCGGCUCCCGCUUGACUGCAAGAAGCUCUUGCAAGCAAUCGGAAGCCGCGCCUCGGUUGCCAAACGUUUCAGAAGCCGAACGGUUUCGGAACGGGUUACAUUUGACAACCAAGGUUUGACUGUAUAUAAUACUUCACCCCAAGACAUCACAAACUCACACUUGAUAACAGACACACAAACACACCAGACAGGACAAAAAGAAGGUGGGGGGCGCACCCCCCCCCAAAUUCUGACCAUGAAAAGUUAAAGAGUGGCUUAAAUUCGCGACCUCACAAAAAGUGGCUUUUACGAUAUCCCUGCUGAAACAGACAUACGGUAAAAUGCUGAUUUGCGAGCUUGACUGUUCAUUUGCCAUUUAUGAGUGUGAGUGCCUGUGGAAUUGUAGCAAUUAAAUAGCGAUUUGCAAUUUUAGCGAUUGUACAGUAACUUUUGUGUACUUGCAAAAUCAAAGGCUUAGAUUGGCUUGGAGUUACAAUUCUACCAACCGCAGCCUGUAACCCAAAUUUAAGUUAGUGGCUUAUAUUCAGGUAUUGUCCUUUUUUCUGUUCCCCUAUGACUUUUGAAGGUGCAGCUUAUUGGCGGGGUGUGGCUUAUAUUCGGGCCAAUACAGUACCAGGUAUAUAUUUUGCAGAAUUGCUGAGAGAUGCUGCAAUUUAAUUGAUUCCUCAUUCCAAGAUCACUUUGAGCCUUUUGGUCAGGGAGACCACAGUAGUUCUUCCGUACUAAAUUACUCAUUCCCAGUAUCACCUCCUCAGUAAUAUGUUCUCUUUGAUGUACAGAGUAACACCACCUCUUAAUAUCCUUUUCCCUGUCCCCCCCCUUUAGAGUUUGUGUCCAGAGAGAACAAUUUUCCACUGGGUUGUCUCCAUUCCACCAAAUUUUCAUUAUGCCUAGUAUAUCUAUGCUCUUUUCUGUGACCAAACACUUUAACUUACCAAUAUUGGCUUGGAGGCUCAUUGUGCUGAGUCUGCCUCAGCAUUCUGGUAUAUGUGUGUGAAAACCUGGUGUAUACAGUUUGCAAUCUAAUCAUAAGUGUGUGUCUAUCCAUUCCAAUGGGACAGUUUCCCUGAUUUCAACUGUUCAUAAAAACAAACUGAUACAGUCUUGGGGCAAUAGUCAAAGGCCGUAAAGGUAUGUCAAUCAAUGAUUCAGAUUUCUGCAUAUUUCUUAGCUUCAUGCAAGUAGCCCACGGCAUGUCUGCGAAUUUGUAGUUAAAGAAUAUUCACAUUGAUUUAAAAUUGCAUUUUUUAUUCCUUUUGUUGUUUUGUGUUUUGUUGUGUUACAACUCAAAUUCUAUGGAAUUCAAACUAUGACGCAAUCAGAUACAAUGUAUAAGACCUAAAAUAACCAAUUAAAAUACAAUUAAAAUCUUACGACAUCUAGCACAGUGCAUUCCAGUUGUUAAAACAGGCAGAAAAAUCAUUAAGUGGUCUGCGGAGACCCUUAGCAAUUUUCAAGUGGUCUGUGAUGGGGAGGGGGGGGGGAGUUUGAGAACUGCUGAACUACUGCUGUGUUGGUUUUGAGAUUGUUCACUGACAUUUAGAAAAAAACAACAUUGCUUUCUUUGCUUUCUAAUUAGGCCAUGUCUGCUCAGGUAUUUGUGCAGAAUUGUCUUCUGCCGGGGGGGGGGGGGAGCCUUUAUAUUUCUUAUAAUUAUAGCAUGCUUGUCUGAAAGGUUUCGCAAAUGUUCUUUUCGGUAAUACUGGUAGGAGAUUAAGUAAGAGCUUCUCGCUCACGUUAUUGCUCAAGACCUUCAGAUGCCAUUGUUAUGUGCUGAGAUUUGAUGUCCCAUGCAUUCCUUUGGCGGCAUUUGUUCCUCUGACCUUUAUACUCGUUUGGCUCCUCGAGCGCUCUUGUAAAAAUGCAUGUGUUUUCUCUCACACAAAUGCCAGGAACCACUUGAACUGCAUAUUUGAUUCCAGCUUUAAUGGGAGACAUUCCUAAUGGACAACAGUAAUACAGCCCAGCCAACUUGGCCACGGUUUUAUGUUUACUAUGGCAGAAAGUAAGAACUUCAAAGCUCCUUUGUAAGACUUGAAAAGAAGACAAGUUUCUCCUUCAUAUCAUCAAGCUUAAUUAUUGUCAAUAAGCAACAGUUGGCAAGAGCAGCACAUCACAUGUUUCCAGUUCUGUCUUGGGAAAGGUCAACACAAUUUUAUAUAUAUAUUAUGCAGCCGUGUGCUCUGAUCACAUAACACGUUUUAGAAAGCAUUAUGCAAUAUUAUGCUCCUGCUUGCACAAGAAGUUUUUCAUUAGCUUGAAUGUUUGUAUCCUGGGAAUGAUUAGCUUUGUGACAUAACUCACAUAAGUAUAGAAGACUCAGACAACUUCAGACUCAUGUUUCAGGAAUAGCCAGACACUUUUCACUUGGUAGUGUACGUGAUUAAAAACUGUUUUCAGCUUCAGAGGUGAAAAUAGGGUAAUCCAUUUCAGGAAAGAACAAAGAUGAUUUAUUUUUAGGGGUCAAAGCGACACACAUGCUUCAAAAAAAUAAUAAUAAUGUUGCAAACAGUAUUUCCUUGGUUCUGCAAAUGUUAUCAAUUUUCUCCAACAAGUCAGAUUUUUAUUGUUCUACUGGCAAACUUAGAAGUAAAAGUGGCUCAAAUAUAUUCAGUGUCAAUAAUCACUUUUUAUAUUGGGACAAGUACGUACAAGCAUUGGUCAAAACUGGUCAAAGGCUGUGUGUUUGUUACUAGAUCUGACCCUUGAUAAUGUGAAAGAAAAGCAAAAACUCUUGAAUCCACUGAAGAACAGACCCCGCAUGCUCAAAAGUAUCUGAUUUUUUAAAAAAGCAAUUUGGUUGUUCUCAAUCAUAAGCUGAGCAAGAUUAAUUCAUUAAAUAAAUAAAUCCAGAUUGGAAAUGGUAAGUUUGCUGAACUUUUGCCAGAAACCAUCUGACAUUUGCUAAAGUAUUGUGUUGGAAUGAACAAUACUCCCCCACCCCACCCCCACUUUACAUGCCAUAGUGUAAAAUCAGAUUUAGGAAAAGUUUCUAUACUAUCAACAGGUUCUGAUAUGAGUACAGUUCCUGAAUGGUGCAGCAAUAAAAUUGCCAGCACAUUUGCAAAGCUAAGCAGGUUCUGGUAUGGUUUCAAAUUGAAUGGGGAACCAUGUGUUGAGAGUGGGUUGGACUAAAUGAGCCUUGGGAUUCCUUCCAACUCUGUGAUUCUAUGAAGUAGAAAUACUGCUGGCACCACUACUGAAAUUUCAUGUAAAAUGUUUUUUAUUUAUACUGUAGAGAGCAAGUAGCUUCAAAUAUCAUAUUAUAACAAUGUGGAAAUAGUAGAUUGUUUGAAUCUUGGAAAAAUACUGUAUAUAGAUUGUGUUGGUUUGCACAAUUCAUUAGCAGAGGAGGAAGCUCUAUGCUUCUUAGCUGAUAACCCAUUUCAAUAGACAUCCUCCUUUCACAUCUCUGCAGAAUACAGUACUGCUUUUAACCUAAAACAGGUCAUUCUAUACUCUUUCCAGUCUGGAAAAUGGUCUGCUGCAGCAACUCUCACUAGAAUGAGUAAUAUAUAGUCAUGCGGGUUGUCCAUAGGAAUUAGUGCAGCUGUUUGUGAAAAGGUAAACGACUUGAGUAAGAGCUGCAGGAUCUGACCUCCAUAUUCUGCUGGGAGAGGCGGUUUAGGAAUGCUACCAUCUUACCUCAUGUGUUCCAUUCUGCAGGAUAAGCUCAGCCAAAAGCAAAUAAAAAGCUAAACAUUGACUUGGAGUGUGUUCUUGGGAACUUGAGCAAUGUCUCUUCCUCCAUUCCAGUGUAGUAACAGCAGUGAGUGGAAAGGAAGGAGAUUCUGUUACCGCAAUCGUAUCAGUGCUCCUUAUUUGCCUUGAAUCUACGUGCGGAGCCAGCUAGGCUUUCAGCUGCGAUGACGAAAUGUCAUGCCUUUCUUCCUGGAAUAGUAUGCAGAUAACAGGCCACUGGCUAUGUUGAGGUUUCAGAUGAACUCCACUCAGGGUUUCAAAACAGCGUGUCACAAUUUGAUCAGGUUUCUUUAGCGACCGGUUCAUUACAUUCUGUCUUCAGGACAAAAGGAGAGGAGAGAGGGAGUAGUUUGUGUGCUCAUUCCUUUGUGGCUUUGCUGUUGUCGGCUCACAGGAUGUGACUGUGGAGACUUUUAGCUUUUACAUAAUCUCAACACGGUCAGAAGCAGUAUGUUUCUGAAUUACCAUACCGGCUGCUGGGAAUCACAAGCGAGGAGAGUGCUAUUGCACUCAGGUAUUGUAUGGGCUUCUCAUUGGCACCUGGCUGGCUGUUGUUAGAAGAGGGUGCUUGGUUAUAAUUGAUAUUUGGCCCAAUGCAACAGGUCUCUUAUGUUCACACUGUUGUUGCAAUAAUCCAACCAUGCUGUUUCUGUCCAUUGAAUCCAUAUUAAAAUAACACCCCUAUUUUAUGAUAAUUGUAAAGAAAUAAGUGGAUUUUGCAUUUGAGAUUUUUCUGUAGGCUUUUGGAACGUGCAUGUCAUAUGAUAUAGAACAGCUCUCCAUGGUCUGUUCUCCAAGUUCCUUUCGAUGUUCUUUCACACAGCUUGUUCUCCCAUUUCAUUUUCUCAAGUCAAGUGCAUUGCAUUUCUCCGGAGAUUAUUCCACUUGCAGUUGAGAGUCAUCAUCAAGAGAUAAAUGUAUUGAUGGUUUAGUUACACCCCACCUUUCAUCUGAGGAGCUCAAGGCGGUGAACACUGUUCCUCGCCCCCUCCUCAUUUUACCCUCAAAUCAACCCUGUGAUGUAGGUUGGGCUGAGAGACAGUGACUGACAAAAGGUCACUGCCAAGAACUUCAUGGUUGAGUUAGUAUUCAAACCUGUGUCUUCCUUGCCCAGCACACUAACCAGUGCAACACACUGGCUCCCCACUUGUGUUUGUGCAGCGGGCAUCAGAAUCGCUGCCUCCUCAAAAGGGACUUCGAGAUGUUUUGGAGUUUGCUGUAUAGCACAAAUGCAAAUCGGAAUUAUGUGGACAGUUGAUUGGAAACAUUUACAAAGAGAGCAUGAAUCAAAAAGCAAUAGAAAGCCAAGUAUUAGUUUUCCAGUUAUCCCACGAAAUGGGUACAGUUGAUGGAUGCUGUCUUCUCCAAGUUUGCGUGUAAACACCCAUCCAUUGCCAUAGCGAUCAAACAAGAAACAUUUCCAGUAGAUUUGACCCAAAGGCCUGUCUACCGCUUUCGUUAGUAAAUUUCGGUAGCAAAGGCAGUGUUAAUGGCUGUGACAGUAGGAGCUCCUUUUCGGACUCCCGAAGAAGUGUGGGUUUAGGAAUUAGUAUCUCCCUGCUUAUUUAACUUAUAUGUAGAAUUCAUCAUGUGAAAGGCUGGACUAGAUGAAUCCCAAGCCGGAAUUAAGAUUGCUGGAAGAAAUAUCAACAACCUCAGAUAUGCAGAUGACACAACCUUGAUGGCAGAAAGUGAGGAGGAAUUAAAGAACCUUUUAAUGAGGGUGAAAGAGGAGAGCGCAAAAUAUGGUCUGAAGCUCAACAUCAAAAAAAACCAAGAUCAUGGCCACUGGUCCCAUCACCUCCUGGCAAAUAGAAGGGGAAGAGAUGGAGGCAGUGAGAGAUUUUACUUUCUUGGGCUCCUUGAUCACUGCAGGUGGUGACAGCAGUCACGAAAUUAAAAGACGCCUGCUUCUUGGGAGAAAAGCAAUGACAAACCUAGACAGCAUCUUAAAAAGCAGAGACAUCACCUUGCCGACAAAGGUCCGUCUAGUUACUGGUUUUCCCAGUAAGUGAUGUAUGGAAGUGAGAGCUGGACCAUAAAGAAGGCUGAUCGCCAAAGAAUUGAUGCUUUUGAAUUAUGGUGCUGGAGGAGACUCUUGAGAGUCCCAUGGACUGCAAGAAGAUCAAACCUAUCCAUUCUGAAGGAAAUCAGCCCUGAGUGCUCACUGGAAGGACAGAUCCUGAAGCUGAGGCUUCAAUACUUUGGCCACCUCAUGAGAAGAGAAGACUCCCUGGAAAAGACCCUGAUGUUGGGAAAGAUUGAGGGCACUAGGAGAAGGGGACGACAGAGGACAAGGUGGUUGGACAGUGUUCUCAAAGCUACCAACAUGAGUCUGACCAAACUGCAGGAGGCAUUGGAAGACAGAAGUGCCUGGCGUGCUCUGGUCCAUGGGGUCACAAAGAGUCAGACACGACUAAACAACAACAACAACAACAAUGUGGAUGCAGACUCAGUCCUUAAUGAUAGUAAGUUCCUAACCUGCCGGGAAGCAACACCAUUUAGGGUUUCUAAAGCAUGCAUAGGAUAAGAGAUGGAGGAAAAGGGAUACCUUAAUGAUAUUAAGGACCUCUCCUUGAGGCAGCAGUCCCAUUGUCAUUAAACGUCAGUCCUCUCAGUCUUUACUCCAAAACUCAACAGGAUUUCAGAUCUUAAUGACCUUGCAGUUGAUAUUUUCGGAUGACCUAUAGAAGUUGAGUAUGUUGCAACUUACUGGUGAGGAAAGAUACUUAUCGGUCUUUUAUUGCUCUUCAAUGUAUGGAAUCCAUUCUUCUGAGCAUGAUUUUAUGAGUAGAAGCAGAUGGUAAUUAGAAAACAAAACCCGAAACACCCUCUCAUUACUAUUUUUGUCUCAUUAUUUAAAAGGAUAAAAAAGUUUGAAGUUACUGUACUCUGCAAAACCCCACUGUCAGCACAUUUCUUUCUUGAGUUGAAAACAAAUCUGUCAGCAAUUUACGUUUUCUAUGAGUACUUGUGUUUUCUUUCUUUAGAUAGUUUCUUUAAAUAAAGUGCCUUUGUAAUGGAGUCCAUUUUUAAGUGUUAAGCGUCAACAAAUUGCCAUCUGUCUUGUAAAGUCUCUCUGUCAUCUUGAUGAGGUCAGCACUCUGGUUAAUGUCGAGGAGCAGCGACAUGAAUUAGACUUCAAAGUCUGAAUGGCCUGAAACCGACAUCUUGAAGAUGGAUGCAACAUAUUUUCAGGCAUGCAGCUAUGAAAGCCUAAGCAAAGGAAAUUGUAGACCUUUGAAAAUCCUUUACACCCUGUUUUGGUAAAAGUGUCGAACAGUUCUCAGAGUGUUUGAUGACAGAUUCAGCGGAUUAUCUAUUACAUACCUAGAUGGACGUGUUACAUUAAGGGAUGUAGCAUCUUAUCUGGGCUGACUUGCCUUCCUAAGUGGUAGUGGUGGCAGAUUACCAGGUCAGCUGGCUGGCCAUCACUUCUUCCUGUGCUGCUCAUGCUUCCAGGUCAAUGCUUCAUCGUAACUGGUGACAAAGAAAGCUGACCGACGAGGAGAAAGUUGACUAGUAUUUCCAUCUCACCUAAUUAUCUGGAUCCCAGGCGCAGGGGCCCCAGAGCAGGCAAAUGGAGGAACCAAAAAACCUGGGCUACCCUUCCACCACAUAUCAUCAUGCUGUAGCUCACAGUGCCACCUGUCUAUGGUCAAAUGAACUGCAGCGUGACGACAUUCUUACGUUUUUAUUACAUGUAUAGAUAAGAACACAAUUUAAUACUUCAUUAUUGUACAGCUGGACUGCCAUUGUGGGAAGCACUAGCUGAGUGGCAGAGCAUCCGCUUCACAUACAAAAAAGUCCCAGCUUCAGUUCUUGGUAUUUCUGGGUAAGGCUGGGAGAGACUCCUGCCAGAAAAACUGGACAGUUGCUGCCAGUCAGGAUACAGAAUAUUGGGUUACAUGGGUCAAAGGUGUGGCUCAGUAUAAGGCAAAUUCCAGCUAGACCUAGGCUAGGAAUGGUGCAGAGGGGCUGCAAUAUAAACACAAGGGUGGAUUUAAUUCAUGCUGCUCUCUACUGCAUGUCUGCUUGUACUACUCAAAGUCUCCCAUCAAAAUAAUAGGGGAUCAUCCAUUCCUGCAGUCAGUGAGCCCCCCUGCCCUGGUUCUAAACAUCCUUCCACAGUUAUUCAGCCAGUAGUUAGGGGAGAUUAGUGAAGAAAAUUGCACAUCAAGUGUUUUAAAUGUCUGCCCUUCAUGUCCUAGGGCAUCUGCACUGGUGCCUUACAGUCAUUAGUAAUAUAUGUUUAAUGAGCAUUUCAUCCAUUGCAUCAGCACAAUACUUAGCCUGGAAUUGAUGCGCCACUAAUUUAUCAUGCAGAAAAUUAGAAAGGUUAAUUUUCAUCACUGCAAGUUCAAAUGCUAGAAGACACACACACACAUACACAUAUACAGAGAGAGAGAGAAUGAUUUGCUGUAAUCCCAGGAACCAGCAAUCUUGGCUCUCACACUGAGCAGGUUGUAUUCUCAUGCUCCCCCUUUGCUGUCAGAGAAAAGAGCCCUUAUUUGGUGCACAGCUUAUUAUAAUGAAAACACAGAGAUGUGUUAUAGUUGGACCUUAACCCGAACUGUCUAGUCUUGCUCGCCGUUUGGAAUUCUUGCCUUCUAAAGCAGCAAAUAAAUAUUGGGAUAUUCGAGAUCUCUCGAAGUAUUAAAGGCCUUUUACAGUCGGCAGCCUGGUUUAUAGCUUGUUUAUACUGAUGCCUUACUGAAAUCCAAACAGGUCAUGUAUGGACUGCAGAACUGCUGCCUUUGUAAUGGCACUUCAUUGCUCCUAAUAACUACAGGGACAAUUGUACGAAAGAAAGUACUUCACAGUGCUAGAGUCCUGCUGCUUUGCAGAUUUAUUCCAUUCGUUAUUUGUGCCUGUAGCGAGGAGCAGAGAAAGGGAACUGAGCCGUAUACAUGAUUUGGUUGGGAAAGGUGGCAUCCUUCUUAAGCACACAGUUUCCAACGUUGACUGCAAAAAAGACAAGGACCCAAGCAUUUUUCUGCCUGUCCCAUCUGUUGUAUAUAAUGUGAAAGAAAGACAGGCACAUAGUGGACAAUGCAAGAUGUGCUGCCCUUUGUUCCAGCAACCAAUCUUGGUCUACUGGAAAUCUUAAUGGCAAAACUAGCCACGCGAUCCUGAGUGGGAAGCCAAACUGACAAAUAAAGCUCUAGAUGAACAGGUCAAGUCGGUAAUGAUACACUGGGCAAAUAUUUGGGACCUCCUAUCCAGAUGGUAGAUUGGGAAAGGCUAUGGAAAACAGAUUCGAAAUUUACGGCAUAUUGUGCAUUGGAAAAAAAAAAUACGAAAAUGAUGUACCGGUGGUAUUUGA